AUGAACCUGGACCCUCAGUUUGUCAAGGACCUCACUGUGCUGAUCGCGGCCUCGGCGGCGGCGGGGCUGGCCAUGGGCGCCGUGGGGCAGCCUGCCAUCAACGGCUACUUUGUGGCGGGCAGCCUGGUGGGGCCGGGCGGCCUCAAGCUCAUCAAGGAGAUCGUGCAGGUCCAGUCUGUGGCCCAGCUGGGCGUGCAGCUGCUGCUCUUCACGCUGGGCCUCGAGUUCUCGCUCACCAAGCUGCGCGCGGUGCGGCACGUCGCGCUGCUGGGCGGCCUGCUGCAGACCGCGCUGUUUGCGGUGGUGGCGGGGAUCGGGGCCAAGAUGAUUGGCGCCAGCGCGGCGCAGGGCGGGUUUGUAGGGGCCAUGGUCGCCAUGAGCUCGACCUCCAUCGUGGUCAAAGUGCUGGCAGACUACCGCACCAGCAACACGCCGGCGGGCCAGAUCACCAUCGGGACACUCAUCCUGCAGGCGCGUGGCGCGGGCUGGGGCGCUUCUGACUGCCUGGUGGGCCUGCUCUUCGCCCUGAUGCCCGUGCUGGCGGCCGCCGGCGGCGGCUCCGGCUUUGACAUCACGCUGCUGCUGACGGUGAUGGGGCGCGUGGUGGCCAAGCUGGCUGUGCUCGCGGUCGGCGCGCUGCUGGUGGCGCGCACCGUGCUGCCGCCCGCGAUGCGCGCGCUGCAGCGCCGCUUCGGCCCCGACUCCUUCCAGCUGGCCGCGGUGGCCUUCUGCCUGCUGUGCGCGCUGGCCACCGCGCGGCAGGGCAUCUCCGCCGAGCUGGGCGCCUUUGUGGCGGGGGUAAUGCUGUCGGCCACGGAGCAGCAGGAGUCGGUGCUGCACAACAUAGAGCCGGUCACGCAAUUCUUCCUGACCCUUUUUAUUAGCAGUACCGGGCUGGUACUGAGCCCUGUGUUCCUGCUGGACCAUCUCCCCAUCCUGGCGGCAGGCGCCCUAGCGGUCAUCAUCGCCAAGACAGUGCUGAUUGCCAUUGUGGUCAAGGCCUUCAAGUAUCCCGCAGAUACCGCACUGGCUGUGGGCCUCAACCUCUCCCAGAUAGGGGAGUUUGUGUUUGUCCUCCUCUCCAUGGCCAACCAGCAGAGCCUGCUGCCCGAGAGCGUCUACAUGCUGCUGAUGGGU